UUCUCUUUUGUUUAGUCUUAUGAGGAUCAAUUUGGGUGACCCUGGACAGGAGCAGCUCCGUUUUAUUUUUUGAACGUUGAGGACCCACUAUAAUAUCAACAUGGCCACUAACAAAUCUUUCUCCUACACUAAGGAUGAGGGCAAAGCUAUCAUUGUAGAAGACACUCUUCUGGAACUGGACUUUGACCAGGAACAUGCACAGAGGACAGAUACACGUAAACUGCACAUUGAUCUUCAAAAACUUUCUGAAAAAGAGGUGAAGCUGAAUCUUCAUAUCAUUACCCUAUCUGACUACUGGAGGCAGGACAUGAUCCCAAGAGGUUUGAGAUUGAAUAAAUUUCCCUCAUUUGGCUAUGAUAAUGUGGAUUUUAAGGAUAAAUGGGAAGCUAUUCUUAAUAAAUGCUCCCUAGACUUAAUCCUCUUGUUAAUUGAAGAAGCCAGAAAGCAGAAGUCAGUUGUACAAUCUCAUAUUGAGGAUUUGAAAUCUCAGCUCAUCCAGACAGAAUCAGAGGAACACAGGUUGCCUUUUGAAAAUAAACUAAAAGAAGAUCUUGAUAAAUUGUCAACAAAAUUGAAACAAGGCAAAAUAAUCAAAUUUAAGCGAGACUGUAAUGACUAUAGUAAUUGUUCUAUAUAUGGCUGGGGCAAGAAGGGACACCUGACAAAAAGAAGAGUGUCUUUUAAUCUUCCAAGCACUGAUGAUGAGAAUUAUGAUGAAACUCAUGACCGUGACAAAAUUGCUGAUGUGUAUGACAGAAAUGCUUUUUUGGAAUCUCGCCCCAGACAGCACAACCAACCUUACAAAAGAGGAAGAGGAAAACGCGGAGGGGUGGAAAGUGGCAGAACCCACUCUCAGGAACCACCAAUCACAAGGAGCCGGUUGAAGCAUCGGUAGACCAUUUGACACCAAAGUGGACCUCUAUCGAUUCUAUAGAAGUCUACAUUUGAAGGCCUGGUACUCCCAGAACGCACAGGGUGCAGCUACCUACUCAACCACCACGG